CCUUUAAACCUUACACAUCAAAUACAUAAAUAAUUUAAAGAAUACUUCUAAAAGAUGGCAAAUAUUGGAGGAACAGUAUCGGCUAAUCCCAAUGGAGGUCAUGACAUUAAUGUACAGGCAGUAAAAAGUUUUGGCGAUGAAAAGGCCAAUGUAGCUGCGGGGGUAUUUGCAGCAGGCAAUGACAGUAAAGGACCUGUAACCACAGGAGCAUUUGGUGCCGUGAAUGCCAAUGGCCAUGGCCUUUCCGUACAACAUUCAAACACCCCUGGUGUCAGCAGUAAUUUAUCCGAAAACUUGCGUUUGAAUGCUUUUAAAAGUGAUCACAAUUCAGUAGAUGUCAAUGCUUUCCAUGGCAGAACACAAUUACAAAAUGGUUUGAAAUUUGAUAAUGUAGGCGCUAAUACCAGCUGGAAUAGUGCUCAAGGUCAUAGUGCUUCGUUGGGUGUCAAUCAUAUUCCCAAAUUUAAUAUGACCACUGUAAAUGCUAACGCCAAUGCCAACCUAUGGACUUCAUCCAAUCAAGCUUCAUCUUUGAAUUUGAAUGCAAAUGCUUCAAAACAUGUUUCAGGGCCAUUUAGAGGUAAAAGUGAUUUUGGUGCCGGUUUGGGUUUUACCCAUAAAUUUUAGUUGUUUUAUUAUUGUUUUAUUAUGUUAAAUAAAUAAAAAUAGUUUUUAAUAAAUAUAA